AACUGGAAAAGCGACCCGACGCUUCCUGUUGUUUUUUCUGCCGGUUUCGUCAGAAGGGAUACGCUGAGCUGAUUGGUUCCUCGUUUGCGCCGGGAACUGAGCGAUGGAGUUGCAGGCGGAGCUGACUGGCCGCGAUGGUUUGAAACGAGCAUGGCGGGUUCGAUGUGACCCUCAGGGGGAACUGCGGGGCCUGCUCGCGGGCUUGUCUCAGCUGCGGGAGGAAGUCACCGCCCUGCUCGGCCCUCUGGUGCAGCAGGAGAGCGUCGCUGCCCCUGGAGUCCGAGGUGAGGACGGAGGUGAUGAUGGAGAUGCAGAUGAAGAGGAGGAGGAACAGGAAGAGGAGGAGGAGGAAGGAAAGCAUAUCAACACAAAAGCAUAUUCAGAUGGACCACCAUUAAAACGGACAAAAACACACUCCUGAUGGAAACUGUAAAACUUUUUUUUUUUACAAUAUUAAAAUUCCAACACUAUGAAACUUUCUCCUUUAAAAAAAUUUAAAGGCUGUUUUGAUGACCAGAAAAAACAAUGGUUUAAAAUUGUUAAAUAAAGUGCAAUUUCUUAUUUGUCAUUUGAAAUUAUUCAACAAGAAAAUGGCAUGUAUGAGCGAGGAAAAGAGGAGUAAAGUUGAAAGCACCCUGUGUGCUUGGGAAAGAAGGCAGCACUGGAAAUACUGGAGCAGCUGCUGCCAGGCAAAAACAGCCCCCUCCACACACACCCCCGGCAAGGGUAGACUCAGCUAAUUCCCCCCAUCAAGAGUUUUACAGCCCAGCCUCUACCAGAAAACCUCAGGGAGAAGCACUCAGUGCCUCCCCAGCUUGCUGAGGAAGAGGCAAACUGACCAGCACAUCACCCACAGGCAUCCACACCAACAUCCAGAGCGUUGGCCACACCUAGCUAUUUAACUGGCAUUACAUCUACAGCUGGUGAAUUUAGCCACACCCUGGCUUUUUCAAGGUCCAUAGGAAGCCAGGUUAGCACACCUCACCCACCCACACUUUCAGGCUAGAAAAGGGAAAGCCAAACCAGAGGGUGUGGGUGUGAGCCAGAGAAGAGGAGGAGAUGGCAAGCAGAUGGAGGGAGGGGGAAAACAUACUGAGACUUGCAAGAUUGUUAUCAGCCCUUCUAGAUAGACCAGGCUAAGAAACCAAAGUUUUGCACACUAAUGCUACUUUUAUUAUAAGGUUACAGUAACAGAAUUUUAAAACCCUGAAUGUACUUCCCCUCUCUCCCUUUAUCUUCAUGAGAACUAGAGAGGGUUUCUUCUGAGCAGCUUACUCAGGUUACGGUUCCAGCCAGGACUCAGAUUUCUUUUAUUUGACUGUUGUCUUGGUUGUGGCGAGGUUUUCCCUUCUGCCCAUUA